UUACGCUGUUCUAGCUGCAAAUACGCGUUUUACUGCUCUGAGAAAUGCCAAAAGGCGGAAUGGCGCAUUCACAAAAAGGGCUGCGCAAUGAACAAGAUGCUGCGCGAGAUGCAGGAAAAGGCGGAAGAAGAGGAAGCUAAGAAGCCACUGAAGCGACCACCCACCAACCGCUGCACCGGGUGCAAUCACAAAUUUGAAGACGGGAACGAUGAAGAUUGGGAUGAAGAAGACAGGGAUGAAUGCCCAGAUUGCGAGUAUAUUGCUUGUGAGAGCUGUAUCUCUGACACAUCCAUAGGAUCCUGCUACUGCCAAAAUUCCAACUUUGGGGUUCCAUACUGCGUGAUGUCCCCGAGAUGGUACCAUAUGAGUUCCGCCCCAAGAGGAAAGGUUUAUCGAGGUGAUAGGUAUCCACCGGCUGAAGAUGAGGAUCCGAAUGUGUACGAAGACAAGCCCAGAAAAUGUGGCAACUGUGGUGAAAUCGGCCUUUGUUUCAAGAAGGAAUUCCUCUAG